CGCGCUGGAGCGCUCAGCCCCGCCACAGCCAAGGCGGCCGCCGCCCCGCUCGCCUUCUCUCCCCGCCGGCACCCGGGUCUCGCCUCUGCCGUCCGCUGCAAACUUUUGAGGGGACACCGGACAAAGCGGUGAGAGGGACGUUUUUAUUUCCUUCCUCCCUGUCUCUGCAGAGGUCCGGGGUAAUUUCAUGCUCCCGAGCCCUUGGUGCGUGCGGAGUAUCAACUCCAGCAGCGUGUUCCGGGCGGCAGCGGGGAAGCCCGGGAGACUCGGCAGCCUCCAGGAAGAAAGCAGGGACAGCGGCGAGAGACAGGACCCGCCUCUCCGUGCCUCCCGAGGUCCCACGGCCUCGGCGGCAGCUGCCUCUCCGGCAAGCAGCGGGGUGGCGAAGCAAGCACAGCCCGCGGGGCGAGGCUGCUCCAGGGAGCCGUGUGUGGAGUCCGCCGGCGGGACGCGGGGCAGUCCCUCCUGAGCCGGGCGGGUGGAGCCCAGGAUGUAGGGACGUUAGCGGGGCAGGGCAGCGCCCUUUCCGACAUCUCGAGCCCUCCGUGAGCGGGACAAAGCAGAGCCCGGUGCAGCGCGGCGGGGUCGUGCGGCCGCGGGAGGGCUGCGGCGGGGCGGCGAUGCCCAGGCCGGGGAAGAGCUCUUACAGCGACCAGAAGCCGCCCUACUCCUACAUCUCCCUGACUGCCAUGGCCAUCCAGCACUCGGCCGAGAAGAUGCUGCCCCUGAGCGACAUCUACAAGUUCAUUAUGGAGCGGUUCCCCUACUACCGGGAACACACUCAGCGCUGGCAGAACUCCCUCCGCCACAACCUCUCCUUCAACGACUGUUUCAUCAAGAUCCCGCGCCGCCCCGACCAGCCGGGCAAGGGCAGCUUCUGGGCGCUGCACCCGGACUGCGGGGACAUGUUUGAAAACGGCAGCUUCCUCCGCCGCCGCAAGCGCUUCAAGGUCCUGCGCCCCGAGCAUCACCUGCCCGGCGGCGGCGGGGCUGGUGGCGGCGGCCCCGGCAAGCCCCCGGCUCCAGCCCCGCACAUGGUGCACUACUUUCACCCACAGCCGCCGCCACCGCCGCCACCUCCUCCGGGCAAGGUGCCGGGGCUGGCGGGCUCCGAGGCUGCCGUGGCCGCUGCCGCGGCGGCGGCCGCCGUGGGGAGACUGCCGCAGUUCUCUCCCUACGGGAGCAGCCAGCCCUCGGGCUUCAAGCAUCCCUUCGCCAUCGAGAACAUCAUCGGUAGAGAUUACAAGGGCGUGCUGCAGGCCGGCGGGUUGCCUCUGGCCUCGGUGAUGCACCACCUGGGCUACACGGUGCCCAGCCAGCUCAGCAGCGUGGUGAGCUCCAUGUGGCCGCACGUGGGGGUGAUGGACUCCGUGUCCGGCGUGCCCGUGUCCCCCGACUACGGACCCUUCGGAGUGCCCGUGAAGGCGCUCUGCCACCCGUCGGCGCAGACCAUGCCCGCUGUCCCCGUGCCCAUCAAGCCGGCGCCGGCCAUGCCCGCCGCCUCGGCCAUCCCCGCUCUGACGGUCGCCGCCUCACAGAUCUGCCCCGCCGCUUCCCCGGCCGCUGCUUCGCUGCUGGAACAGACCGCGAGUAACACCACCGAGGGCAAGGGCUCCCUCCACUCCGUCCUGGUGCACUCCUAAAGGGCAAGGGGUCGGGGGAGUAAAGGCCCCCAGGCUCCCAGAGCUGAGCACGAGGGGGCCCAGGCCAUGCGUGCGACGCGGAAACCUGAUCGAUCCCAUGAGUAUUCCUCUGCUGGUGUCUGUGUUUAUGUUGUGUACAAUCAGAUUAUUUGAGAGCCAGGUCGCAGGUAAGAGCUUUUAUCGUCGUUAAAUAUCGUUAAUAGCGGAGAGGUGAUGUGAAAAGUCACAGGCGGGGCCAGAAGGGGUGGCUCGGAGGACAAGCCCGGCAGGGAAGGUCUCCCCGCCACCCCGACUGCCUGCGGCCGGGCAGCCCGGGUUCUCCGCCGAGCCUCCCUCUCGGGGCGGCCGACAGGCAGGUUUCUACUCGGGGCCCGAUGGAAGAGGGCUGCAGUCUGCCGGGAGUCUGGGGAAUCAGAAGGGUAAAACCCCUACUGAACGAUGCUUUCCCGUCUCCCCCGAGAGACAGGAAACCUCUGCCCCGAUCUUGCUCCGAAAGACGUGGCCAAAGCGGUUACUUUGGACCCUGGUGAGCUGUGGGACCUCAGGAUGUGUAACGCUGGCUGUUUAAAGAGUAAGCUUUAAACAGAUCGAUUAAUUAAUUAAAAGUGGGAAUUUAAAUGACAACGACACUGACGUCGAAGGGCUCCUUUAACUAACGAUCACUUGUCCUUCCCCCUCAUAUUUUACAGUCCAUCCCAAUAUUUCAUGUUGGAGGGCAGUACCUUAGGAGGGACUGAAGCGUGACCUGGCCUCUCAAGCUGUGUGUGGGUGUCCGAAUUCUCUGGUUUCUCAUUAAAACAGCCUGGCCAUUUGUAGAUUGUGAUUUUCACAUCACCUUUCACCGCUCACAGACACCGCUAUUUUGUAUGUGUUGCUUGGCGUUUCUUCCACGUGAGUGUGAACACUAAAAUCGCGGAGGGCAGAGGGGGAGGGUAAUGGAGAAAGCCAACAAAAAAAAAAAAAGGAUUAAAAAAUUAUUCGGGAAAAGCACUUUACUGAAAAUAACCUUCCAACAGACGAGAGGUCUGUAUGAAGCAGAGGGAUCAGAAGUCAGAGAGCAAUGCACUGGCUGGUGAGUCCCGGCUGGUUUGUGAGUGAUUGCUGCCGUACCCUGUCUGCCCUGCUGUACACCAAUGCUCAUUAAAGCCCAUCUAUUCA